AUGUAUCGGGAUCAAAAUGUUGGACGGAUUAUUCAUGCUGGUCAUGUUGAGCGUGGUGAUGGCAUUGGCCUCAUUCCUCGCCGGCGCAUUACCAUUGUCCAUGAGCCUCUCCUCGUCGCAACUACGAUUGAUCUCCACCAUUGGAAUGGGAGUGCUUGUGGGUACAUCGCUCAUAGUCAUCAUCCCAGAAGGAAUCGAAGCCGUAUACACUGCGAAAUCAGCGGGGCAUUCGCAUACGAGAAGGAGUUUACAGCUAUGGGGAAGGGGGCUGAAGUCUCAUGGCAGAGUAGUGCCAAUCUAACCCCUCUGAACGUACGCAGGGCGGAAGACUCGAUAUCUGAACGAGAAGAUGCCCCAGGGCUGGAAAUAGAAGAGAAAGCCGUUCCAGCAGCCCCUACAACACCUACAGCAUCCAAGCAGACAGACCCCCCUGAAAAGGCAGUCCAAGACUCAUCACCAAAGAAAGACCACCACGACGAACCCAGCCCCCCAACAUUCUACAUCGGUCUUUCUCUAAUACUCGGCUUCAUCCUCAUGUACCUAGUCGACAAACUCCCCCGCCACGCCUCCGAAAACAUGCAACCACCUCCCCCCACCCGACACAUCUCCCUCGACAAUCUCUCCAUGGGUCUCUCUUCCCCCUCCUCUCCAAUUUCCGACCCAGAAUCCGAAUCCUUCCUACAAUCCCUCGCGCCAACGCCUAAGCAAACCCGCAGUCUCGCUACAACCACUGGGCUGGUAAUCCACGCCGCCGCAGACGGCAUUGCCAUGGGCGCAAGCGCUAGUACAGAUAACACGAAGCUGGGCUUCAUCAUCUUCAUCGCCAUCAUGGUGCAUAAAGCGCCCGCGGCGUUCGGGCUUACAAGCGUGUUGCUGAAGCAAGGAUUAAGCAAGAGGGCAGCGAGAGGGCAUUUGAUAAUUUUCAGUCUCGCGGCGCCGUUUGGAGCGUUGAGUACGUGGGUCAUGGUCAAUAUACUUGGAGGGGGCCAUAUUGAGGGGGAGAGGGGGCAGUGGUGGACGGGGAUGUUGUUGUUAUUUUCCGCGGGGACAUUUCUAUAUGUAGCCAUGCACGCCAUGCAAGACGACUCCACCCACACCACUUACGAACAAAACGGAUACGCAGAAAACGGAAACAGCCAGCGCGCGAAACCCAAAACUCAGAUGCGCGAUACGUUUGCAGCGGUUGGGGGCAUGUUGAUACCGCUUUUGACGCAGUUUGGACAUCAUCAUUAA